AUGUUCCAAAAGCAUUUUCCAUCGGGCCCUUAUGCAACCAAUGACCGAGUCGGUUCGGGUUUCUUCUAUGAUCGAUUCUACACAAAAUUCAAAUCUCCCAAAUGGAGGGCCAUCGUUUUGUACGGUGCUGUUAUUACCUUGUGCUAUUAUCCGUCCAAAUUCAUCUAUCGUUUUGUGUUUGAACAUCCGUAUUGGGAGAGAAGACAAAUCCGAAAGGAACAAGAACGAGAAAUUAAGCAAUUGGUAUUGAUGAGCUCGAAUCGGAAUAGAAAGGAAGCACUCAAUGAAAUGUUCAAAGAAUAUUAUAUUGGUAAAUAUGUUCAAAAACAACAACAACAAGAUAUCAUGAGCCAUGAUGGGGCAUCUUCUCAAGUAGAACCCAAUACCGAAGAAAUACUUGAGAAGAUGAUCGUUGAGUGGUAUGGCAUUACGAAUGAGCCUGACCGAUUGGCCUCACCACGACCUCGACCAACAACAGUUAUCCAAGAUCAGGGUGGUGAUGGUGCUGCUUCUACGGCAUUAUCUUCUCCAAGUAGUACCAUAUCAAGAAUUAUUAAUACAUCCGAGUUGUUCCAACUAUUCAAACGAUGA